AUGAUCUUUUUAGUCUGGAACUGUCAAGGAGCAGCCUCAAAGGCAUUUAGGCGCAUCCGUAAGCAAUUUCUGUGCAUUCAUAAACCUUCUUUUGUUUGCCUCCUCGAGCCCAAGGUCUCGGGCCAACAGGCCAAUGAGAUAUGCUUCAGCUUGGGCUUUGACGAUUGGAUGAGAGUAGAGGCUAUAGGAUUCUCUGGUGGCAUUUGGAUCCUAUGGAAAUCCUCUAUUCAUAUUGAAGUUUUAGACACUCACCCUCAAUUCAUCUCUUUGCAGGUACAAGAUGCAGAUUCCGAGUCGUGGCUCUUAUCAGUUGUCUAUGGGAGUCCCAACAAAGCUCUUAGAAAACGCCUAUUUUCGGAGCUCUCGGGUCAGUUUUUUAUGCCCCAUGGACCAUGGCUAGCCGUGGGAGACUUUAAUUCAGUAACAUGUCAAGAUGAAGUCAACAAUCUGGAAACCUUUUCCAUGUCUAGAUGUUCAGACUUCAACCAAUGGAUCUUUAGGGAAGGGCUGAUUGACUUGGGCUUUGAAGGAACAAAAUUCACUUGGAUGAGGGGCGUUAAUUCAACCUCAUUCAAAGGAGCCCGCUUGGACCGUGCCCUUAGCAAUAUUGAAUGGAGAAGCAUGUUCCCGAAUGUAUCAGUUUUACACCUACCGAUGAUUCAAUCCGAUCACUCACCCCUCCUCGUCAAUACCUCAGAGACACCACAAAUACCGAUCAACAGAAGCUUCCGUUUUAAUAUGGCAUGGGCCAGCCAUGCCAAUUUCCAGCCCUUAGUCAAAUCCUGCUGGUCAACAAAUCGGAGCCUAAACUCAAACAAGAAUGAAAUGGCAGUGGCCCUCUCAUCCUGGAACAUAAACACAUUUGGAAACAUAUUCCACAGAAAAAACAGACUGCUGGCUAGACUUGGGGGUAUUCAACGUAGCUUAUCACUGGGGGCAAGAUCGGACCUCAUUCGCUUGGAAAGAAGGCUGCGUAAAGAACUUGAUGAAACUCUACACCAAGAAGAAAUGGUUUGGUUCCAAAGAUCCCGUGAACAAUGGAUAACUUCUGGAGAUCUCAACACUCGAUUCUAUCACCUAUCAACUACCAUUAAAGGCAAACAAGCAAAAGCCAAUGCUAUCAAAGAUAUGGAAGGCACAAUAGUCACAGGAGAGGAGUCAAUCAAGAACCUUUUUCGAGAUUAUUUUAUGAAUCUGUUUGAAGCAGAUAACGUCCUUCCAGCAAGUCCCCUUCCUCAGGGUCGCUUUCCCUCACUCAACGUUCGUGACUAG